UGCACAGACACUGCCGUCGCUGCUGCCGUCUGAUGUAUCAGGAAGCAACACAAGAUAAGACAGUGAGCUACUGAUCUCCUGAUAAGAGAGCAUUGAGACUUGCCCAAUAAGCCGCCAUAUUCCAGUCCUAGAACCCCCCCCCCCAACCCGCCCAGAAAAGCGAAGCCAUGAAUUUCCUACGCAGACGCCUUUCGGACAGUAGCUUUGUGGCCAACCUACCCAAUGGGUACAUGAUGGACCUCCAGAGACCAGAUAACUCCACAAGCUCCCCAGUCUCACCAGCCCUGGAUCGGAAGCAACAGCCUCCAUCUGUCCCAGCUUCGGCCUCCACGGGGGGAACCAGCCUCUUCAGCUCCAUCACCAACGCAGUGAAACAGACUACCCAAGCAGCUGCGGGGCUAGUGGAACAGACUGGGGCACCGGCACCCCCGGUAGUGCUAAAGCCCAAGAUUCUCCUGGUGAUCGACGAUCCUCAUACAGACUGGGCCAAGUACUUCAGAGGGAAGAAGGUGAACAAGGACUACGAGAUUCGGGUGGAGCAGGCGGAAUUUUCAGAGCUAAACCUGGCUGCCUAUGUGAAUGGGGGGUGCAUGGUGGACAUGCAGGUCAUGAGGAAUGGAACCAAGGUGGUCAAGUCCUUCAAACCAGACUUCCUGUUGAUCAGGCAGCACGCCUACAGUAUGACGCUCGGGGAAGACUUUCGGAGCCUGGUUAUAGGGCUACAGUAUGGGAACCUUCCAAGCGUCAACUCUCUGUAUUCCAUAUACAACUUCUGCAGCAAGCCCUGGGUGUUUUCGCAGCUCAUAAAGAUCUUUCAGAAGCUGGGUGCUGACAAGUUUCCCUUGGUGGAUCAGUCCUUUUUCCCUAACCACAAGCAGAUGCUGACGGCCGCAAGCUUCCCGGUGGUGGUGAAGAUGGGCCACGCGCACGCAGGCAUGGGGAAGGUGAAAGUGGACAACCAAUAUGAUUUCCAGGACAUGGCUAGUGUUGUGGCAAUGGCCAAGACCUACGUGACCACCGAGCCCUUCAUAGACUCCAAGUACGACAUCCGCAUUCAGAAAAUUGGGAACAACUACAAAGCGUACAUGAGAACAUCGAUUUCUGGGAACUGGAAAGCAAACACUGGCUCUGCUAUGUUGGAACAGAUUGCCAUGACUGACAGGUACCGACUGUGGGUCGAUUCCUGCUCAGAAAUGUUCGGCGGGCUGGAUAUCUGCGCUGUAAAGGCCGUUCACAGCAAGGAUGGAAAGGAUUAUAUCAUUGAGGUGAUGGACAGCUCCAUGCCGCUGAUCGGGGAACACGUGGAGGAAGAUCGCCAUCUUGUGGCAGAUCUGGUUAUUGCGAAAAUGACCCAACAUGUCCAGCUGACAUCUCAGGCUGCAUCUCCGGGCCGACCCCUGGCCAUGCCACAACAGGUCCAGCCUCAAGCUGUAAAGCCGCAGAUGCAGCCCCAACCCGGACCCCCAGGCACGGCUCAACCUCGACCUGCGCCACAAGGUGGCCCCCGGCAGGCACAAGGCUCUCCUGCCCAAAGGACAGGGCCCCCGGCCCAACCCAGGCUCUCUCCCCAGGGCCAACAGCCUCAGACUUCUCAGCCCGGCUCCCCGCAGACACAGCGCUCUCCUAAUUCCCCACAGCUCCCCAGACCUGCAAGUGGAACCCCAACUGGCCAAACCCCCAAGUCUGCUUCCCCUCAGCCGUCAAGACCCCCCGCCCAGGGGCAGGCACAGAACCCACCAGGUCCUGGCCCAACUGCAAAACCCCAACCAAUGCUCAACAAAUCCCAGUCACUGACCAACAACUUUAAUAUCUCGGAUCCGUCCGCGCGCAGCACCGGCACCGAGGACGAGGCAAAAGCGGAGACCAUCCGCAACUUGAGAAAGUCGUUCGCCAGCCUCUUCUCUGACUAACGCUGGGCUCGGCCGUCUUCCUGUCCAAUCUGCACCCUCGUAUAAGUCACAAUCUUCCAGGCCUUCCAGGCACCGCCCCUUGUCAAUGUUGAAGGUCUUUUGAGUAUUUGAUUUGCACUGUAGGAGCCAUUUAUGGUCUUUUGGGCCCAUUUCACUGGAGCCCAACACACGUCAUAGUAGAUACACGUUAUCCAGUUCUAAUUGUCCAAGACAUAGCCAUCACCACCAAUAUGCCGGGCCCUGAAGCCAUCCAUUUUUCUUCUUCAACCCAGAAAGGCCUUAUUGUUGGUUUAAUGCCUUCCACCCAAUCCAGCAAGGACUUCCAAUAGGCCCUUGGCGCCAUCUUGUUGAUAGUACCAGGAGUUGCUACUCCUCGUUGCCUCAAUAGUAAAGCCAUUUUGAUGCAUUUGCUGCAAGAGCGUGGAGCGUUGCGAGAUCUUCCAGGAAUGGCGAGGAACUCCAGCUCUUUCCCUCCUCCCAUGGGCCAUGAUACUGACCCUUCUCAUGCAAUUAAAUACCUUUAUGCACUGGGA